CGUGAGAGUGGGCGGUGGACGCGCAGCGGGGCUGGCGGCUGCUCCGUCUCUAUGGUCGUCAGAGGUGGGCGGCUUUCCCAGAGUGGCUGCUAAAGCUGGAGCUCGGACGGGUGAGUGUGAGGACUCUGAUCGCUGCGCGGAGACAGCCGUUUAGGGGACGAGAAGCGGGAUGUUUCGUCUUAACGCCCUGUCUGCAUUGGCAAAACUAGCUGUGGGCUCUCGAUGGUACCAUGGAGCAUCUCAGCCCACACAGACCAAGCGAAGACUGAUGAUGGUGGCCUUCCUGGGAGCAUCCGCAGUGACUGCCAGUUCUGGUCUCUUAUGGAAGAAGGCCCAUGCGGAGUCUCCGCCAUGCGUCAACAACAAAAAGGCUGACGCUGGUGAUAAAGGGAAGACUAAAGAUGAAGGGGAAGUCUCCUGCCACGAAGAAAGGGCUGCAGAUGCCGGGGCCGAGCCUUACCCGGAAGAGAAGAAGAAGAAGCGUUCUGGAUUCAGAGACAGAAAAGUGAUGGAAUACGAGAACAGGAUCCGAGCCUACUCCACACCAGACAAAAUCUUCCGAUAUUUUGCCACCUUGAAAGUAAUCAACGAGCCUGGAGAAGCAGAAGUGUUUAUGACGCCCCAGGACUUCGUGCGAUCCAUAACCCCAAAUGAAAAGCAACCCGAACACUUGGGCCUGGACCAGUAUAUAAUAAAGCGCUUUGACGGAAAGAAAAUUGCCCAGGAACGAGAAAAAUUUGCUGAUGAAGGCAGCAUAUUCUACACCCUUGGAGAAUGUGGGCUCAUCUCCUUCUCCGACUACAUUUUCCUUACAACUGUUCUCUCCACUCCUCAGAGAAAUUUUGAAAUUGCUUUCAAGAUGUUCGACUUGAAUGGAGAUGGAGAAGUAGACAUGGAGGAGUUUGAGCAGGUUCAGAGUAUCAUCCGCUCCCAGACGAGCAUGGGCAUGCGGCACAGAGAUCGCCCCACGACUGGGAACACCCUCAAGUCUGGCUUAUGUUCGGCCCUCACAACCUACUUUUUUGGAGCGGAUCUCAAAGGGAAACUCACCAUCAAAAACUUCCUGGAAUUUCAGCGAAAACUUCAGCAUGAUGUUCUGAAGCUGGAGUUUGAACGCCAUGACCCGGUGGAUGGACGAAUCACUGAGAGGCAGUUUGGUGGCAUGCUGCUGGCCUACAGCGGAGUGCAGUCCAAGAAGCUGACCGCCAUGCAGAGACAGCUGAAGAAGCACUUCAAGGAUGGGAAGGGCCUGACUUUCCAGGAGGUAGAGAACUUCUUCACUUUCCUGAAGAACAUUAAUGACGUGGACACUGCGUUGAGCUUUUACCACAUGGCUGGAGCAUCUCUCGAUAAAGUGACCAUGCAGCAGGUGGCCAGGACAGUGGCAAAGGUGGAGCUCUCAGACCACGUGUGUGACGUGGUGUUUGCACUCUUUGACUGCGACGGCAAUGGGGAGCUGAGCAAUAAGGAGUUUGUUUCCAUCAUGAAGCAGCGGCUGAUGAGAGGCCUGGAGAAGCCCAAGGACAUGGGUUUCACCCGGCUCAUGCAGGCUAUGUGGAAAUGUGCCCAAGAAACUGCCUGGGACUUUGCUCUGCCCAAAUAGGGUCCCACUGCCUGCACCCUAGCACCUGGACCCCUGGAGCGGCCCUUCAUGCUGCUGCUGCUGCUGCUGCUUCUGGGAGUAGUGCCCCCCAUCUUUCUGGGAGUAGUGCCCCCCAUCUUUCUGGGAGUGACCUCUGGGCUCAGCAGGCUUCCCUCUUCACCCUUCCCUGACCCAGUCAGUUGCUACUAGACUUCAAGUUGGCUGCCAGAUCAAAGGUUUUUAAAAACAUGGACAAGUCUUCAAAGUGGAGACUUUAACUCCUUCAACUAGUGCCCUAUGGAUAAAGAAUGCAGGGAGACCUCCGGAUACCCACCAGCCCUGGAAAGCACCCCCCCCCCCCUCCAGGCUGUCUCACUGUGGGUUUAUCUUAAGAACAUCCCCUGCUCUUCUUCCUCCUGCUGUUCCUAAACUGCAAGUUUGAAAAUACUCUGGCGGGCAAGAGGAAGUCUGUGAGAAAUGAUAAUGAAGGCGACCCUGGUGCCCCGAGCUGGCAGGAGGCCUGGUUGGAGGAUCUGUGUCAGACACAGCAGCUCCAGGAAGACCUUGCGCUCCCAGCAGAAUUCCAGAGUCAAAGGAGCUGCCUCAUGGUCCUCAGUGCCCUCAUUUCCCUCCAAGGCUCCCAGUGUCACUUUCCCUCUCUAUGGGCUUGCAGAGCCCAGACCUGGCUCAGCCAAUCCUCCCUGGCUAAAACACUCAUAAAAUAUCCCUUUAAUUAUACCAGUUUGCAGUAAAUAUC